AUGGCAUUGAGCAUUGUAUCGUCUUGUUUGAUCGUGCUGACGGGGAGGGAGGCUCAACGUAUCGGAGCAGACCUGGAAGCACUACGAAAUUACGAUGCUGCAGUGAAAGCGAAUGCCAUUUUUCUGCAGACUGAUCGUCUGGCCGGCUUCAUAUCUAUGGGGUAUGCUAAUGAUGAGGUGCUCAUCGAUCCAGAUACUGGCCGGUCCAUCACUCUUACUGGCGCCGGUAGGCCUUUGGGCAAUAAUGACUCUAACUUCGUUAUGUCGUCCGUUCCACAAGAAGUGAUUUUACCACCCCUGCUACCUGAACACAUAUGA